ACUGUCCUCUGUUCAAAACAUUCAAGAUGGCGGCGCUUCGGGCAAGCAGCGUGCGCAGCGCGGCGGCAGCCCUUCUGCGGCCUCGCCCGGGCCCGGCCUCCACCUCCCUGGUCGCGGGCUACCACGAGAAGGUUGUGGACCAUUACGAAAACCCCCGAAAUGUGGGCUCGUUGGACAAGAAUGCCAAGAACGUGGGCACCGGCCUGGUGGGCGCCCCAGCUUGUGGCGACGUCAUGAAGCUGCAGGUUGAAGUGGACGAAAAUGGCAAAAUCAUUGAUGCCCGCUUUAAGACGUUUGGAUGUGGGUCGGCCAUUGCUUCCAGUUCUUUGGCAACUGAGUGGGUGAAGGGCAAGACGGUUGAUGAAGCCUUGAAGAUCAGGAACACGGACAUUGCUAAGGAGCUCUGCCUCCCUCCGGUCAAAUUGCACUGCUCUAUGCUGGCAGAAGACGCCAUUAAGGCCGCUUUGGCUGAUUACAAGCUGAAGCAAGGACCAAAGGGGCCCGAGCCGAAACAGAAUGCGGCCAGCUCAUAGAAGCCUUCCUGUCCUCCCCAGAAAGCCUCCCGUUCCAACCCUGUUGGGAUGAGUCCCCUGUGCUUUCCAUUAUAAGGAGCCGUGGCCAGCGCAUAGAAGCCUUCCUUUUCUCUCCAGAAAGCAACUCCUUUCAACCUUGUUGGGAUGAGACUUGUGUGCUUUCCACCAUAAGGAGUCGUGACCAGCGUAUAGAAGCCUUCCUUUCCUCCCCAGAAAGCCGCCCCCUUCCGACCCUGUUGGGAUGAGUCCCCUGUGCUUUCCAUCACAAGGUGCUGUGUCCAGCACAUAGAAGCCUUCCUUUACUCCCCAGAAAGCUUCCCCUUCUGACCCUGUUGGGAUGAGUCCACUGUGCUUUCCACUCUAAGUAGCCAUGGCCAGCACAUAGAAGCCUUCCUGCCCCCAGAAAGCCGCCCUUUUAACCUUGUUGGGAUGAGUCCUCUGUGCUUUCCACCAUAAGGAGCCAUGGCCAGCACAUAGAAGCCUUCCUUUCCUCCCCAGGAAGUUGCCCCUUCCUAUGUUGUGGGAAUGAGUACCCUAUGCUUUCCACCCUAAGGAGCUGUGGCCAGUGCAUAGAAGCCUUCCUUUACUCCCCAGAAAGCCACCCCUUCUGACCCUGUUGGGAUGAGUCCCCUGUGCUUUCCAUCAUAAGGAGCUGUGGCCAGCGCAUAGAAGCUUUCCUUUACUCCCCAAAAAGACUCCCCUUCUGACCUGUUGGGAUAAGUCCCCUGUGCUUUCCACCAUAAGGAACUGUGGCCACUGCAUAGAAGCCUUCCUGUCCUCAGAAACCCUGCCCUUUCGACUCUGUUUUGAUGAGUCCCCUGUGCUUUCCACUGUAAGCAGCCAUGGCCACGCAUAGAAGCCUUCCUGUCCUCAGAAACCCUGCCCUUUCGACUCUGUUGGGAUGAGUCCCCUGUGCUUUCCACUAAGCAGCCAUGGCCACGCAUAGAAGCCUUCCUGUCCUCAGAAACCCUGCCCUUUCGACUCUGUUUUGUUGAGUCCCCUGUGCUUUCCACUCUAAGCAGCCAUGGCCACGCAUAGAAGCCUUCCUGUCCUCAGAAACCCUGCCCUUUCGACUCUGUUGGGAUGAGUCCCCUGUGCUUUCCACUAAGCAGCCAUGGCCACGCAUAGAAGCCUUCCCGUCCACAGAAACCCUGCCCUUUUGACUCUGUUGGGAUGAAUCCCCUGUGCUUUCCACUCUAAGCAGCCAUGGCCACACAUAGAAGCCUUCCUGUCCUUCCCAGAAAGUGGCCCCUUUCGACCCUGUUGGGAUGAGUCCCCUGUGCUUUCCACCAUAAGGAGCGGUGGCCAGCACAUAAAAGCCUUCCUGUCCUCCCCAGAAAGUCUCCCCUUCCGACCCUGUUGGGAUAAGUCCCAUGUGCUUUCCACCAUAAGGAGCCAUGGCCAGCGCAUAGAAGCCUUCCUGUCCUCCCCAGAAAGUCUCCCCUUCCGACCCUGUUGGGAUGAGUCCCAUGUGCUUUCCACCAUAAGGAGCCAUGGCCAGCGCAUAGAAGCCUUCCUGUCCUCCCCAGAAAAUCUCCCCUUCCGACCCUGUUGGGAUGAGUCCCCUGUGCUUUCCACCCUAAGGAGCUCCUCCCUAAGGAGCUGUGGCCAGUGCAUAGAAACCUUACUUUACUCCCCAGAAAGGCUCCCCUUCCGACCCUGUUGGUAUGAGUUCCCUGUGCUUUCCACCAUAAGGAGCCAUGGCAUGCAUUUCUGUGUCUCAUUUCCUCAAAAUGCGGGACUGCACUCCGCCCGGCGAGGCCAACUCGUAUUGCCUCCCCUCAAACCCUUUUGCUUCCACUUGCCCCUCUCUCAGUCUUUGCAUCAAAAAUUGUGUGACAAUUUCGGGAUGAGCUGUUCUCUUGUCUUUUGGAGCGAGGCGUCAUUUUCCAGGCCUAUGGUUUCUAGUGGGAAGGCCUGCGUUUCUCCAAGCACUCAGCCCAAACCAGAAGCCACACUGUCUCUUUUCUCCCUGUCUUCUGCAUUCGGACAUCACAAAAUAAAUGGAGCUCCUUGGCCACACCAUCAA